AUGGACCAGAAUCAAAUCGACCAACGGGAUACGCUUUCCGAGCUCUUUGAGGACCUCGAACAACUAGUUGCCUCACCUCAGAUGUACAAUGCUGCCUCUGGCCAGCCCGCGCCGGAACCUUCUGCUUUGUUAAAUUACAAUUCCUCUUUUGUCAACCCUGGCGCUCCGUCUCUCCCAAGCGCACGACACAAAAUCGCCAAAUUGCCUUACCAUUUAUCAAAAGAUCACCAUUCCGCAAUUAUAUCGCUGUCAAACUCUGCCAGUUCAACUGAAGUCCUUGCAGAAGACGGCAAUGGUAUUGGUGCGAUUAUCCCUCGAAAGCGUCCUUACCAGUCACAUCCGGAUAAGGAAACGCAGCGUAAGCGUCCACGUCUACCAUUGCGCAAUAGCAGCAGUUCUCGGAUACAAUUUCAGCCGUUUGAUUCCCCUAACGACGCUCAAAAACGUCCUCGUAUAUCAGACCCCUCAUCCAUAGGAUCCAAGCUCAGUACGCUCAACUUACCUCCCAAGUAUGAAACUCCCAAUCAAUCGCCAGCUCAUUCUCGAGAAUCAAUGAGGAGUAACGACGGUCCUCCUCCUUUGAUUCAGGAUCACGUCGAAACCAAUUAUGCUCACGAUCUUCCAGCUGUAUCAUGUGCUAAUUCUCUAGAUUCAACAAGAAUGAACAACAGCUCUUGUCAUUUGAUUUCACAAUACACCGAACAUUCCUCUGAAGCAGAUGACCAACCCAAUUUAUCAUCCGAAGGAUCAAAGCCCAGCCCAUCGCCACAGAGCCGUACGCUCAACUUACCUCCCGAGCAUGUUCAUCAAACCACUCGAUUGCCAUCUCAUUCUCGAGAAUCAAUGAGGAGUAACGACGGACGUCCUCCUUUGGUUCAAGAAUAUGUCGAAACCCAUUAUGCGCACGAUCUUCCAGCUGUAUCACGUGCAAAUUCUCUAGCCUCAACAAGAAUGAACAAUAGCUCUUGUCCUUCGGUCUCAAGAUACACCGAACAUUCCUCUGAACCAGCUGACCAACCCAAUUUAUCAUCCAAAGGAUCCAAGCCCAGUACGCUCAACUUACCUCCCAAGUAUGAAACUCCCAAUCAAUCGCCAGCUCAUUCUCGAGAAUCAAUGAGGAGUAACGACAGUCCUCCUCCUUUGGUUCAAGAAUAUGUCGAAACCCAUUAUGCGCACGAUCUUCCAGCUGUAUCACGUGCAAAUUCUCUAGCCUCAACAAGAAUGAACAAUAGAUCUUGUCCUUCGGUCUCAAGAAACACCGAACAUUCCUCUGAACCAGCUGACCAACCCAAUUUAUCAUCCAAAGGAUCCAAGCCCAGUACGCUCAACUUACCUCCCAAGUAUGAAACUCCCAAUCAAUCGCCAGCUCAUUCUCGAGAAUCAAUGAGGAGUAACAACGGUCCUCCUCCUUUGGUUCAAGAAUAUGUCAAUCUUCCAGCUGUAUCACGUGAAGAUUCUCUAGACUCAACGAGAAUGAACACAAUGAACAAUCGCUCCCAUCAUUCUGCCAAUGGUCGGAUAUUCAGUAUGAGUGAAAAUCACCCCAGCUCAUUGUCACAGGACGCCAUGUUCACAUCAGCUCCUGUCAAUAGUCUGAAUCGACAUGCUCAUGAACUGUCUGAUCAACCCCAUCACGGCUCUCAGUUGACUUACGUACCACCUCGUAUGUGGCAUGAGUUUCAAUUUGAAUUUGGCGAAAAUCAGGUACCUUAUCAGCAUGCGCCUGCGGUGACUCCAGCACUCCCCCAAUUGUUUGACCUUAACCCGUGCCCCAGCAAUGGACCACCCCGACCGGAGCGUGAUCUCUUCCAACAAAACCAAACACAGCAAGCAACGCUGACAUCUUUUCAUGUGCCUCUCGCGUCCUCCAGAAUGUCUUUCUGCUCCGCUGAAAUGCAACAAAAUCAAGAUCCAAAUGCUCGUCAAAGCGGUCGAACUUCAAGGAUGUCUUUGUGUUCCACUGAUUUACAGCAGCAAAAUCAAGAUCGCAGUGCGACUCAAAGUAGUCGAUCCUCAAGAAUGUCCUUCUGUUCAGAAAAUAUCCCACAACCUAAUAUUCAGCCUGAAAAUCCCUCUUCUUACCAGCAUCCACCGCUAGUGCUGCCUUUUAGAACUUCUACACGUAAGUUCCCCAAUCAAUAUGAUGCAUUAUCUCCUACUAAUUACGGUCCUUCACACACAAAUCGAAUAGAAGAUUUUGAGGACCGAUCACACCAAUCACAUGCGCAUUCCCAAGAUUCAAGAAGGAGAACUAAUAGGCCUCCUCCCUUGCAACACAAUCGUGUUCGUACUUCCUACACCACUGUUCUUGAUCCCAGCUCGCCAGCUCAGCUUCAACCGCACCGAUCUCAACUCAAUAAUCUUCAGACUGCUUUGACUUUGCCACGUCAGUCUAUAUCACAGAAACGGGGAGGUCAACAGCGUCAGAACCAUGACGUGGUUUUCCAUCAAAUUCAACCUUCCCUUCCUACCAGUCAGCAAGCCUACGGCAAUCUCCAAAAUUGUACUCGGACUUACCAUACCCGCAUAGUCGAACCCCUCAAUGAGCCACCUCACAAUCAACCUCCAACUGUAACUUCCCGCGUCUCUGAUUUACCCUAUGAGACUGCUGCUAGAGCUUACCAUUCACAGUCACUCCAUCAACGCUACCCAUCAGCUCAGCUCCUCAGUAGCACUCAAAACUCUCGGUCCCCUGAUGUCACAUCACAUUUGGCUCCUGACUAUACUCACAAUUUGAACAAUCAAUCAUGUGCAUAUCAGAUCGCUCCUCAAACUCAAAAUGUCCCUCGAAGUAUUCAACCAAAUCCACUGCAACACGGCGCACUUCCAGUUCAAAGCUUUGGUCAUGAUCUCACCUCAGCUUCUCAAACGCAUAAUUCACCUUUUUUACAACAACCUUUGUGGGGAGGGUUUCAAUAUCAAGGAAAUCAAGGACCUUCUUUUUUUCCUUCGGCGACUACAGCACCAGCUCAAUCUUUCAACCCACGCCCUCAUGCUCUACCAUUGGCAUCACCAACGGAGCGAACCGAGCGCAACAUCUUUCAACAAACCCAACCUCAGCCCCAAACGACAGCAAUUUCUCGCCCUCGUCAAACGUCUAUGAUGUCCAUCUGCUCCACUGAAGCGAUGCCCAAUCAACCAACCCGCCCUUGUCGAAGCAUCCAAUCUCAAAGAAUGGCAUCGUGUGCAAGAAAUGACCGCCAACCCAAUUCCCCGCCUGCAGCGACUGAUGCUCCUCGUCAAGCAUCAGGGGCACCGUCUGAUACAUCCGGUCUUUCAUACGCAUCCCAAGAGGCAGCAAGACCAGAUGAGAUCAACGAUGACGUGGAUGAUGACAAUAUUCAUGCUUCAGAUGAAGACACCCAAGAAUCUGAAGGUGAUGGUGUUUUCGAUCUAGUUGAAAGUCGCAAGUACCACAAUCUGGGAGCUUCGCGCCGAGCUCGAAAUACAGUCGCCAGACAUGAUGGCACUCGAUAUGAGAAGCGUGCUAAAACUCCUAUCGAGUGCUCUCAGUAUGAACGACUCACCGUUGCAAUCCAUCAUUACAACAACAUGCUCCUAGGCAUCGUUCGGAAAGGUAAAGGCCGAAAGGCCAAUCAAAUCCUCCCCCCGCCACCCUCUGACGAUGAGUAUUCCGCGUGGGACAAACGGAAAGUCGAGCGUUGA